AUCAUCGUGUGGACUGCAGGUGUCUCUUUCUAACUUCCUAACUAGGAAUGUCCGUGGCGAUUGGACCCGGUAUCCAAGACUUUCCCCUUUCGGAAAUAUCGGAAGUGGAGACAAAUCCGAGCGAGACUUUCAAGUAAACACUGAAGAAUCACGACAAAAGAACAAGCUUAUAGCCACGGACCAAAGGGAAUUUUGGAUAGAACAGUGUACUUGGACAUCUGUAUAGCAAGAUAUAGAACAACUUACCUACUCCCAAAGGAGUAACAGCUCCUAAACCCGUCACGACAACACGACGCAUGGCAUCCUGAGGUUCUCAAGACGAGAUUCGAAUAUGAUCGGCUUCGAUUGGAUUCUACAAGCUCUGAGUCAAGCAGCGAUCUAUGGAAGAUCGGACCGAUAUAAAUGCGGGGAACGAAAAGAGGAAGAGCGAGCGAUGGACGUUGGAAACAUGGAACUAAAAGAAAAGUGACCAGAAGGGAAAGUCCGCACGAUACUCCGCGCGCCUGAGGCCUCAAGGCCCACUUUUUGGCGCCAAAUGAAUGGACGGUUUGUUCCUAUCGAUAACGCUUUCACAAUCUCCAUACUAUCUAUGCGCCUAUAACUACUAGAGAACUUUCCCCAGAUUCAAUUCCUCUUCUCUGUACUUUUCAAGCACCCCUUCGACUUAUUUUGUCUUGCCCGUGGCACCUUACAAUUCAUAAUGAAGUAUACCCUGGGGUUGCUGGCUCUAGCCGGCACUGCCUUAUCUCACGCCCAUCACGACGACUCUGAAGUGGUUCCCGAGCACUUGCGUGAGGAGCUGUUGAAGAAAUGGGAUCAAGAGUGGUCAUUUUCUGGCAUUGCUAGCUUUGCGCACCUAAAACCAGUCAAAUGCUUAAUCGAACCCGAUGAGCGAUAUGAUAUCGCCGUCAUCGGAGCUCCCUUCGAUACUGCUGUCAGUUACAGACCAGGAGCUCGUUUUGGUCCCCGUUCCAUUCGUGCUGCCAGUGCUCGCCAGAUGGCCGGCACAGCUUACAACACCCGUGCGGGCAUCAACCCCUACAGCUCGUGGGCCACCGUUAAGGACUGCGGGGAUAUUCCUAUCAUUCCUUUCGACAAUGGUGUAGCGGAGCGCCAAAUGUACGAAGCCUUCCUUGAGCUAGGCUCACGACCUCCCAUUACUCCUGCCGACUCCAAGUACGGCACUAAGGGCAUCUCCACCGGAAAGGCGAAGCUGGUCACUCUAGGAGGAGAUCACAGUGUUGCACUACCGGCUCUCCGUGCCCUGUACCAAAUCUACAAGAAGCCCAUCACAGUGUUGCACUUCGAUGCGCACUUGGACACCUGGAACCCCGUUCGCUACUCAGCAUACUGGACAUCGGAACAGUCAGCGUUUAACCACGGCAGUUUCUUCCACAAGGCGAGCCGUGAGGGUCUCAUUUGCAACUCAACCUCUGCUCAUGCCGGACUGCGCACCCGUUUGACGGGUGUCACUGAUAGCGACUACACCAACCCCGGCCCCGAGCAGGGAUUCAUGCGCAUCCAUGCUGACGACAUUGACGACCUAGGCCCCAUGGGCAUCGUGGAUAAGAUCAUUGAGCGCAUUGGUCUGGAUCCGGAGCAACCCGUGUAUCUGUCUGUGGAUAUCGACGUGCUUGACCCCUCGACUGCCCCCGGAACCGGUACCCCUGAGCCUGGUGGCUGGACCACCCGUGAGUUCAUUCGAAUCAUGCGCGGUCUUGAGAAAUUGAACAUUGUCGGUGCGGAUAUCGUCGAGGUAUCCCCAAGCUACGACAAUAAGGGAGAAACUACCGCUCUCGCGGCUGCCCAGGUGGCCUAUGAGAUAAUCACCAGCAUGGUCAAGGCGGGAGCUGGCGAAGAAUUGGGAGGAUGGUAUGGACGCAAGGAAGAGAAGAAGAGGGAAGGCAAAGACGAGCUGUAAACCAGAUACUAUGACGCUACAAAUGAGUUAUGUUUGAUGUACAAACAGGUGGAGUUAGUAAUAAAGAACAUACAAAAUGCCUGAUGGACCACACUGGAGAAAGUGUCCUAUGUGCCUAUUCAGUACUACAAGCAGUCAUCACCUAGUGAAAGGGUUCAGCAAGAUAUAGACAAGAAUAUCACAUUCCCUAAUGAUUGCGAUUACAGAUUCACUCCCACAACACAACACACUUCUCAAUAACAUCUGAUCUCCCUUAUUUCUGUAUAUCCAGCCAGAAACAAAUCACCUCUCCACUCACCAUCAUCUCU